AUGCCUCCCAAGAAACAGGCUCAGGCUGGGGGCAGCAAAAAGGCGGAACAGAAGAAGGAGAAGAUUAUCGAAGACAAAACUUUUGACCUAAAGAAUAAGAAAGGAGCAAAACAACAAAAGUUUAUCAAGGCUGUCACUCACCAAGUUAAAUUUGGUCAACAAAAUCCACGUCAGGUAACACAGAGUGAAGCUGCAAAGAAAUUGAAGAAAGAUGAUAAGAAGAAAGAAUUACAAGAACUUAAUGAGCUGUUCAAACCUGUUAUUGCUGCUCAAAAAAUAAGUAAAGGUGCGGAUCUCAAGUCGGUGUGUGCCUUCUUCAAGCAAAGACAGUGUACUGAAGGAGAUAAAUGUAAGUUCUCUCAUGACUUGACUUUGGAGAGAAAAUGUGAAAAGCGAAGUGUUUACAUUGAUGCAAGGGAUGAAGAACUUGAAAGAGACACAAUGAAAAAUUGGGAUGAGAAAAAGCUGGAAGAAGUAGUGAACAAGAAGCAUGGUGGGGCGGAAAAGAAAAAACCAAAAACUCAAAUAAUGUGCAAGCAUUUCCUUGAAGCUAUUGAAAAUAACAAGUAUGGCUGGUUUUGGGUAUGUACUGGAGGAGGUGAUAACUGCAUGUAUCGUCAUGCACUUCCUUCUGGAUUUGUAUUGAAAAAGGACAAAAAAAAAAAAAAAGAGGAGAAAGAAGAUGAAAUAUCAUUGGACGACCUGAUUGAAAGAGAGCGCUCUGCCCUAGGUCCAAAUGUUACCAAAAUCACUCUAGAAUCUUUUCUUACAUGGAAGAAAAGGAAAAGACAAGAAAAGAUUGAUAAACUUGAACAAGAUUUGGAAAGAAGAAAAGCAGACUUCAAAGCAGGGAAGGCACUGGUGAUCAGUGGUCGUGAAGUGUUUGAAUUUCAUCCUGAACUUGUCAAUGAUGGUGAUGAAGAAGCAGAUGACACCCAUUACAUUCAGGGAACAGGAGGUGAUGAGGUUGAUGAUUCCAUGAGUGUAAAUGACAUAGUUUUAAGUCUGUACGUCCCUAGAGCUGUGGAUGAGACAGGUAUUACGGUAGCCAGUCUUGAAAGAUUCAACACAUAUGCUUUGGAUAAAGAUGAAAACAAAUUAAGCGAAGCAUCUGGAGGUAGGGCAGAAAAUGGUGAAAGAAGUGAUUUGGAAGAGGACAACGAAGGGGAGGGACAAGAAAAUGGAGCCAUCGAUUCUGUUCCUGUUGAUGAAAAUCUUUUUACUGGAAAAGAUUUGGAUGAAUUAGAAGAAUUAAACACACUUGAUUUAGAAGAAUGACACUGAACAAGUUGAUAAAAAGUUAAGUCAGCUCAUCAUGAGUUGAAAUUGACUGCAUUAAUUUUUUUUUCACUUAGAAACAACAGGAUGCUUAUUUCCCAUGCUGGUUCUGGAGGGCUUACUCUCCUCCAGAAAAGGAAUAUUCUCCCUACAUCUUUUCUUCUGACUUUGGCUACAUCUCACAGUAAGUUCAGAGUAGUUCAUGAUAAAUUAAAAAUAUA